AUGCGUCAAGUUACCAAUUUUCUUCCUCGAAUUGAAAGUAAAAAAGCAAUAGCAAUUUGUUUAAUUACUCAACACAUUCCGGAGCUGGCAAACUCAGAGUCACAGGAACGCCUAGCCCUAGAGGAAUAUGUAGAGCGCAACAAGAGAGUGGUCACCGAGUUAUACAAGGCUCUAACCUCCGAACAAACCCAACCACUCCAUGGGCUGGUGGCCCAAGACCUGGAGUGGUGGUUCCACGGCCCACCACACCACCGGCACCACUUGGUUCCCUGGCUCACGGGCUCCUCACUACCCUCCGCCAAGGCCCUGGUUCCUGAACACGUGGUGGGCUUUGGGCCGGUGGUAAUUGCCGAAGGGUUCGACGAGGCCCACUUGGUGUGGUGGGUCCACGCCUGGACCGUGAGUGAUGAUGGGCUUAUAACCCAGGUCAAAGAGUAUGUGAACACUUCCGUGACGGUGACUCGCCUGUCACAAAAAGUGCUUCCCAAUGCUUCCAAGUCUAAGUGUCAAUGCAUUUGGCAGAGUAGGCUUUGUGAUGAAUCUGUGCCUGGUCUUAUUCUCGCCAUCUAGGGCAUUUCAAUUGCAUGCCCAUGAAAUCUAGGGCUUUUUACUGGGUUUCAAACGUUCACCACUCUUAUGUGCAUGUGUGUGUCAGUGGUGAUCAUUGUGUUUCUUUGUGCUAUUGGGUGUGAUUUUGUGGCUUUUAGUACUUUUUUAUGUUAUGCUUUUGGUUUUGGGUUGCUCAAAUAAUGGGUGGUUAUAUGAAUAUUAACAAUGUAUAAUCAUCUUGUAUACUAUAUUGCCUGCUUUUUAGAUUGUUAUUUGUUACAACAGUCAUGU